GACUGGAUAGUCCACGAUCGCGAUGUGACAUGUGAACAGGUAACCCGACCCGUAGCGGAUCCUGAAGAGGGUUUGCAGGACAGACAGAUAGGGCAUGGCAGUUCACGCUCUUUUCGAGGUUCAAAGUCGGAGCUUCUGAAUCAUCUCUUGCAAUCAGAAGAUGGAGGACAUGGAUAUUGAUCAGGUGGUGGAGAUACCGGAUACUCCUCCUGAUAGAAUAGCUGCUCAGCACAACAAUGGUAGAAAAAUUGCGGGAAAACAAACUGGUGCUUCUAUAGCUGUUCAUUCGAGUAACUCUGCUCUCUUGGAUGGAGGGCAUUUUAAUCGGCUAAGCAGCAGGGAUAGGCUGGGUACUGAAAGUGGGAAUCAUAGGAAACCUCAUUUACUUUCACAGAAAGAUGUCAUUAAUGUUGAUGAAAAAGAAUGCCGCAACAACUCCCGUGAAAAUUUUCCAGUAGAGAGUUCAUGUGCUUCUCGGAAUGGUCCUUUAUUUAGAAAAAUGGCAAUGGAAAGGAACUCCGCUUAUGAGACCAAGCAUCCAUUUGGAGAUCAACGCAAAGAUAAAGGGAAAGAUUUAUUUGCUAAAUUUCCUCCUAAAUCCUCUUCUUUUCAAGUGAAUGAUGGUUUUUUAGAUUUAAGUGAACAUAACACUAGUUGGAGAAUGAUUGAUAUGGCUCCAGAUGGUGCUUCAAAGGCUAUUCAGUCUGGAGAGAUAAGACAAGGUCAGAUAGCUACUCGUGGUGGUGGUUCUUUACAUGCUGCUCCUGACCGUCCAAAGACAUGCGAUGACAGUCGUAAGGGAAAAGGAAAACUAGAUGUUAAUGGAUGUAAAGAUGCUGCUUCAGCUGCAAAUCAUGGAAAAGGGAUCAAUGUCUCUGGCAGUUCUCAAUGUAAAACUGAAAAGCAAGUAGCUCAUCAUUUUGUUACCACGCCAAGAGUCUCUGGGCAAAAAAGACUCGUACGAAAUGGCUGUAUUUCUCCACAUAAUAUAGCAGCUAGGGCUAAAAGAGGGACCGAACUCCCAUUUAUUUCCAAAGAUGUUGAAGUGACUCGUGGAAAUAACGUCGAUUUUAAUGGUCAGUGUCAAAUGGAUAUUAGUGAAAUAGUUUCUGACGUGAAUAACUGUGGUAGAGUGAAAGGAAAAGGGGUAGCAACAUAUCCUUGCAAAAUGAUGGAGCAUGAUGUAAAUAUUUCUCGUAGGCCAAGCAGGGUUCUUGCUAUUAAUAAUGAAGAACCUAAUAGAACCAGUGAUGUCAGUAGAAAUGCAAAUAGAUGCUCUCAAGGAUGGAGAAAUACUCACAGCCAUUCAAAGAAAAUAGAUCCAUCCUCUGAUGCUGCUGGGCAUGUCUUGGGGCCACACAAUGAUUUCAGCUGCUCUGUUAAUCAACAACAUGCAAAUCGAGGGGAAGAAAGAGAUAACAGAAAUGGUCAUACGAGCAGUGAUUUGUUGAAUUCUCCUGAAGAUCUAUCCACAACUCAAACAGCUUCCAGUAUUCUGUCAGAGUUUGAGCGUCGAUUUGAAUCGCACAAUAGUGUGAACAUUAAGAAAAGGCAAAAGCAGGUUGGCAUGACUUCUCGAAAUGAUGGUGAGCGUUCUUCUGCAGUUUCUGAUGAUUCGGAUAUUGUAUUUCUCGGUUCAUGUGGGGAGUCUUCCCAUUCAAAUUCAUUUAGACUCCAGAGUUAUCAAAACGAAGGAGUUAUGGAUCCAGUUUUUGAUAUUGAUGAGUUUUCUCCUGAAAUGAGAUGUAACAUGAGCGAAGAUAUAGGUAACAUCGGCAUUGACAACUUGGAAGUUAAAGCAAGACAGCUGGAAGCAGAUGAAAUAUUAGCUCGUGAACUCCAAGAGCAAUUUUAUCAUGAGGUGCCAGCAUAUGGGAGCUUUGAGAUCGAUGAAAAUAUCGCAUGGGCACUGCAGCAGGAGGAGAGUGCUAUCCCUGAUGUUUCUUAUCCAAAUCAGCGAGUAUCAUUUCCUAGGUCAUCAACUUCCCGGUUACAUAGGCAGCCGCACUCACGGUCUUUUCAGAAUCUGUCAAAUAGGAGAGGAGCACAGACUCGAAUUUCUUCUAGUAGAACAGCACGAUUGAGAAGUCGCAUCCUUGGCCGCUCUCCUACGGGAUUACCCAGAGAAAGGAAUUUUCAGUUUCCUCCAAACAUGGAUUUGGAUAUGAGACUUGAUAUCUUGGAAGCCCUAGAGGCUGCAUUUGAUGAUGCUAGUGAUGGGAGAACAACCAGGAACGGGCGUGGCCAUGGUCUUGGGCACAGUCAUUUCGAUCAGGAUUUCAAUGACGGUAACUAUGAACUCUUUUUGGCUCUUGAUGAGAAUAACCACCAGCAUACAGGUGCAUCAGCCAAUCAGAUCAAUAAUUUGCCGCAGUCCAUAGUACAGUCUGAAAAUAUUGAAGAAGCUUGUGCCAUCUGUCUUGAAACUCCAACAAUUGGAGAAACAGUUCGGCAUCUCCCUUGCUUGCACAAAUUCCAUAAAGAUUGUAUUGAUCCAUGGCUGAGUAGGAAAACAUCAUGUCCUGUUUGCAAGUUAUCCAUAACUUGAUUGCAGUGGGUCUCGGUGCUUUGAAAACUAUCGAGCAGCCUUAUGUCUGAUAUGCCGACCAGAUUCUCAAAGGUAUUAUUAUUGUUAUUCCUGCAUUCAAAGCUAUGUAAAAGAAAUAGUGCUUAUGGUGCCAAAUGAAAGGUGCAACCUUUUUCUUUAAGCUUCUUUUAUUAGGUUGUGGAGAUUGAUUUUAUGGAAUCAUAGUGUAACUUUUUGAAGUGAUUUGUGAUCUCCACUUCCAUAGAGCUUCUAGAUUUGGUCGAAGCCCUGGUUUUUGGGAAGCAAACCUCAAAGCCUUUUUAUAAAUUUGAAUGAUUUUUAGCGCCAAGGGGAUGGCAUCCUGAUUCGUAGCGCUGGAAGGUGCAAUUGCAGAGGAAUGGAUUUCACUGGUGCACACAUAGGGUUUGUUUGUGAUGAUGAAUAACCAACUUAUUUUGUGCACAAGGGGCAUUUUGUGUCACUAAGAAGAGUGAGUACAUUUGUGGUCUCCUCUGGUAUGAUGUUCGGCCUUGAUUGUCUUUUACCCCAGUUUUGGGGCAAUCCUUGUACAAGAAUAAACUUUACCAUGUACUGUUUUAAGUGUUUUCUUCUUCCAGUUGGUGUUGUGAUGCUAAUGAUCUUUCAAAUUGAAUGCAUUUAUGUUGUUUU